AUGGCCCCUAAGUCUUGCCAGGAGUCUGAAGAUGAACAGGUGUGCACAGCUCCAGCAGGUGUAAAGCCAGACAGCAGUGGCUUAGAGUCCCCAGGUGGCACACCUCUGGACAUAGUAGCUCCUUCGUGUUCUCAGAGCAGUAAGCCCUACUGCGCAUCCACACCAGGGGUCUGCUCUGCCAAGCAGCAGUUAUCCCCUGAAACCCUGGACCCACGUACCCUGAGGCUCUUAUGGGAACAGAGAGAACUAGAGAUCCAGGCACUUCGGUGGGCUGUCCAGAAUGGCCAGAAUACCCGAUACUACCAUAUCCUGCAAGAGGUGGCAGGGAUCCCCCCUGAGCGGAACUCCAAAAGUCAAGACAAAUUCCUGCAGAACCAGGUCCAGAAGCUUACGCUAGAGCUGAAGGCACAGAAGGAACAAGCUCAACUGGAGAAAGAAUGCUUGGAGGAGAAACUGCGGCAGAACAUCUGUGCAAUUCAGCAGCUGGAAGCUGAGCUGCAGACCUUCCAGAAAUCGUGUCUUCUACAGCUGGCCCGUUCCUCUUGGGUGGGACGCAUGCUUCGGUCUCAGACUGGCAGUGUGGAGGUAGUCACUGCAGAGGUUCUACAGGACCCUACUGAUUCUUCUGAGUAUGCUGAGGUUCCCACUGCUGGGGAGGGUUUCCGGUUGGAGGAUGUAGACUGGAACAGCAUUGCCCACCGAUAUCCCAACCUCUUCUCCACCAUGAGUUUCCACUCAGAUCAAAAGCUGCCCCAGCCCUACCAGUCCUCCGAAAUGGAUACCUGGGACUCAGAGUGCGCCCUCAAGCAUGUGGAGAAGCCUAGCAAAAUCGUGGAGUGGAGCGCCUUGCCUUUGGCAGACACCAGCAGCUCAGAAGGUGCAGACUCUGACUCCGGCAGCUACCAGAUAGUUCUGCAUUCUGGAGCAAAGAAGGUGACAGGCCACCCACCCCAGGGAACAGACUUAACUUCUGAGCAGAUGCAGGAAUGCACUAGGAGCUUCAGUGGACACACAGAAGAUCUCCAUAAAAGCCGCUCACCUUCGGUUAGCAAGACUGUUCUGGAGCCCUGUAUAGACCUUCACCAUCAAUAUGCAAGGCCCCAAUUGAACCCACUUGGCUGCUGCUUGAAGAUCUCUGCGGUUAGCCACCGAGAGAAGUUCAUCCGUAUCCUCAACCAGUCUCAGGCAGAGACUGUCGACCUGGGUGGCUUUGUUCUGCAGCAGCUUGUGAGGGACUUCCCUGUGUGCAUGUACCGCUUCCCACCUGGUACUCUGCUAGCACCACAGCAUCAUAUCACAGUAUGGGGUGAAGGAACCAGCAAGACCAAGAAGCAGCUGCCAGUGGCCUUGGGCCAGGACCCCUUCCAUUUCCAAUCCAGCCGAGGUUGUGUGACAGUGCUAGUCAACCCCCACGGCCAGGUCCUCAGUGAGCAUCAAGCUGCACCCUGUGUGACCCUGGGCUCAAAGAUCUUCACUGACAACACUGACUGGUCCAUUGACCGCUUCCCGCUCUCAGAGUCCGAGCCCAAUGCUGGCUCUGGUGAAGAGCAGCAGCAGCAGCAGCAGCAGCAGCAGCAGCAGCGGCGGCAUCGGCCUUCAUCCCCACACAAGGGCAGGGUGCAGGAUGCUAGGGCCAAGCGCAAGAAGCCAGGGCCAGGUGUUCACCAGCAACGCACUAGCGGACUGAGGACUUCAGGAUCUCUUCGCCCCCACGAGACCCGGAAUAUCUUGCCACUCCUGAGCAACCGCAAGCUUCUUCUCCCCGGGGAAGUUCCUGCACAGCAGGAAGGCAUGAAAACUGAGACAUUGGAGCUCUUGCCUGCAAUCCCAGAAUGUUCCUCGAGAGUAUGCCUCGAGGACUCACAGGGUAGGCAGGAACGCAAAGUCCAGGUGUGUCGGAAAAGUGUGGACCUGAGUUGCCCCAUGGUGGCCCUGUCAGUACAGAGCACAGCCGAGAGCAGAUAUGGCUUCCGCUUCCUCUGCUACCCUCCCAUCACUGAGGAAUUGUGCCGGCGGUUAUAGGGCAGCCAGGUCAGGCAGGCAGUGCCAGCUGCAUAAUUUAUUGAACCAACCAUUGCUUACAAAGUAAAGCACAUUUCUGCAC